CGCCGACCGAUGCAAUAGGACCGAUGGAUGAGCCUCAAGGCGACACGGCAUCGAAAUGCCUCGCAAAUCGCGUGCUCUGUCUCGAGCAGAUGCGGCAGGGAGUCAGGAAGGCGACGCAAGCCACCGAGGGAGCGGCGCCGGCGCAGCAGAGGGAGUUCCUGGUGGAUUUGGAGGUCGGCAAGGACAAUGCCGUGGAGGUAUGUACGUCAGAUACAUGACGCCAGAUCCAUCGCUGACAGACAGAUGUUGUUGUGACUUGUGUUGUUUGUGCAUUCUCCUUUUCCCUCGUCUGCUUGCAGAGCUUCCCCAUGGGUGAGGAGGACUUUCUGUUGCUUAUCGGUCUGCUCAACUCCUCCGCCAUCGCUCAAGCCAACCGGUCCUUCGGCAAGCUGGCGGCAAGGCUCGAGAGAGCCACGCUCGAAGGUGGGCCACGGCUGAUACGGACAGCGUAUACACGAGCCCUCCCUUCGCGCGUGUGUGUGUGUGUGUGUGUGGACUGGAUUGUUUGUCCAGCCCUGGCCACACGCUUCUUGGCGGUGAUGAAGCAGCAGGACAUGCAGCUGUUCAGGGCCGUCCAACAAAUGCAUGACCAAGCCCAACAGCUCCAGCUUCUGCGGGACAUCUCCAGCUGCCCAUUCGCGCCCGCUCCGGACGGCUCUGGUGUGCCUCCACCAGAAGCCAUUCAUGCGGAUGCCCCCAGAUCAUCUCGACGUGUUCCUGUCAGCCCGCGAGCAUCCCCUGCUCAGCAGCAUAAUGCUGGAGUGCAGCCGGCGCCGGUGCACCAGCCGGCUCCUGUGCGACAGCCAUCGCCACACGCGGCCACCAGAGUCCAUGACACACCGGCUCGCGCAGCACCACCUGCUACUGCUACUGCUACUGUUCCUGCGGAGGAGUUUGCUGAUGAGACGGUGGAGCGCAUGGUGGAGCCACUCCAUCCGCGUGGCCUUCCCCCGGAUGUGACUGACGACGCCAUACACAAAGUGGGGCUGGGCCGACAGCUGACGCCGCCAACGAGGUUCCCACCCAGGCCGCCAACCAGGGACGCGCAGACGAUGCCGACGAUGGCACAGACGGCGCCCGAAGAGCUGCCGCGGUCUGGCAGAGGGGAGGGGAGGGGACGAGGAGUGACGUCCGGGACCAUUGGUGGUGGUGCUGAUGGGCGGGGCAGAAGACGGGGGCAUGCGGACCCAUCGCAGGGCACGCUGCAGGGUCAGAAGAUCAAAAGAGCGGAUCCAUGGCGUGUUGGUUGAUGCGCAAGUCCGUUCCCCUCUCUCUCAUUCGAUCCGCAGGUGAGGAUUUGACUCCCGCCGAGUUGUUGACGCAGGUGCUCCAGCAGAAGCGGCCCACCCAGGAGCCACCACACCCACCUGCGAAGGUGGCACCCUCAGCCCGUGAGCUCGGCGCGGAGCUGCUGCGGGAUGCAUUCAGCUACCUCGACAGCAAGACCUCCGCCACCCCUCCCUCUGGAUCCCGCCCACCCAAACGCAGACCCUCCCCCAAGCCAAAGCCGCCCGCCUCCCCGCCCGUCUACCCAGUCAUCCCAAGGGAGCCGGGCGAUCCCCCAUCGCCAAACUAUCUCGACCUCUCUCAUUUCCCACCCAAAGGACCGUCGGCAGGCUUCGGCAGCCGACCCCAUGGGGGGAUGCACCCCAAGCCCUUCGACGCCAGCUGUCCGCCGAUGACUUAUUUCUCGGUGCCGGUGCCGGCGGCGAAGGACGGCGGGGGUGUCGGGGAGAGGGCGGGUAGGGGUGGUGUGACAAGGAGCAAGGAGGAGGUGGAUGGGGCGUUUGAGCGGCUAGCGAGGGAAGCAAAGGAGUACACAAAGAGAAGGAAGGUGGGUUUUUAGGGUUUAGGGGCUUUAGGGUUUAGGGUUUAGGGGCACACAGACAGAUGGACAGCAUGGGGGGCGCUUCUCCCUGUGUGGAUGUGUGUAGGUGUAUGACGAGCUCGGGCUCAUGCUCCAAGACGCCUACAUUCAGCAGGUCAGCCAGCCACCAGGAUGCAAUGCGCAUAUGCAUAUCGAUGUGUGAUGCUUUCUUGCGUCUAUAUAUGCAUGGCCGCGGUGGGCAGACGUGUCCAUUCCGGCCUCAGCUCGUGACCGCGCCAGAGAGCCGGAGCGUGUCGUUCAGAAGCGGUAGGUAGGAGCAACCAACCCCUCCCUCCCCCCUUCCCUCCACGCAGACAGACAGACAGACAGACGUAUGAUUGACCUGAUGUCGCUCCUGUGUUGUGUUGUGUGUGAUCCAUGCCCUGCAGGUCCUGUCCUGUCCGGUGCGCCUGCCAGUGAUCGGCUGUACGGUUCACGUCUGCUUAGGCAGGAGAGAAGCAGGGUACGCUAUGCACACACACCCUGAAAUGGAAUGGAACGGAGUGUGUCAUUCAUGCCGGUCGGUCGAUCAGAUGCUGGCAGCCCAGGAGUCGCAGAAGCACCCCUUCCACCCCGUCACACACUCGGCAAGGAGACCCCAGGUAACUAAGACGAUGGAUGAUCGAUAUGCCGGCCGCAUCACCGGCAUUUGCUAUCUGUGGCUGGAUUGAUGGACGCAGGGCGACUCUGGGUCGACAUUCGAGCGGCUUUACCGGGAUCAUCGGGAGCGGCGCGUCAGGAAACAGAGGAGGUGUCGGCAGCUCUUCACCGUGUACGAGCCAGAGUGCACCUUUCAACCCGACACUUCAAAAAGCAAAAGGUGAGUGAGUGAGUGGGUAAGGAAGUGACAAUGCGACAACAAGACAACACAACCACCCUAUCUCUAUCUGACUCUGAUUAACACAUAUUCCCCCCCUCUGCUGCUUGACCUUUGACCUGUCAGCUCCGUGCGCAUGUCCCUGUCGGCCGACCGCUCCCCCCACCCCGGCAGCAGCAGCGGCACCGGCAGCGGCAUCUACGUCCAUGAUCUUGACCUCCUCACCUCCAGCCACCCCCUGUAUGCGGCCCCCUGCUUCACGGGCCAUGACGGCACCCUCUACGCGGCCUACACAACCACACCCACACCGCCGCCAGUCGGCAUGACCGCUGCUGAUGAGGCCGAGAAGUUGCCUCCCGCACCCCGUUCCCCUGCCCGUGUCCCAGCUGCUGGGCACACCGACGCACACACACACGCACACGGACAUGCACACCCAUCUGAGACCGACAAAAGGCCACCAGCAACAGGGAGGGAGGAGAGGAUGAAAACCGCAUCUGCUUCGGCCGGUCGGCCGGCGCGUAAGCGUGGUGACGGCGAGAGGGGUGGCGGCGGUGGCGGUGUGGACGAGGACAGCCGGGCGGCUGGUGGUGCCAGCAGGGGGUAUCUGGACGACCACCUGACCUUCUCCGUGGAGGAGAAGGCGCAUGCACAGCGGGCAGAGAGGGGAGAAAGGGCUGGGGCCUGCUUCUCGUGGUCUCCUCCGUCUCCCCCGCACACAAGGUAUGAAAUAUAUUCCCGUGAGAGGCUCACUCAAUAGCUCAUGCAUGCACACGUGCAUCUAUCUGGCCGGUUGGUUGGUUGCAGCACAUCCCCGUCGUGUGGGCUCGGUGGCAGUGUGUGUGGAAAGCCCCGGCCAAGAGGCGCUGGCACAGUCGACCCCGCACCGUCGCCACCAGCAUCGAGUAGCCCAGAAAAGGUAAGGAAGCAACAGCGGCAGCAAGCAAUGUCUGUCCAUGUGCACGGCUUCCUUUCUUCAUGCCUGUCUGUCUGUCUGUCUGUCUGUUGUGUGCAUCAGGGGCCAUCCGCCUUCUCCUCCCCCAUCCUCUCCAUGUCAACCACCCGCACACCGUUGCCAUACGGCGUGUCGCCCUCCCACCGUCAGCAUCACCAACAGCAGCAGCAGCAGCAGCAGCCGGCAAUGGUUGCCUCGUCUGCUCAUCGUGGCACGUGGGGCGGGACGGUAAUGCGUGAGGGUGCGAGGAUAGAGCAGCGUGCUGACACGUCGGAUAUGAGUGAAGAGGCAGCGCCGGCAUGCAGGUGGGGGGAAGGACGGAGAGAGAGGAGAGUGUGUCAUCUUCGCGGGCGUGUGUGUGUGUGUGUGUUCAGGAGCGCUUGUGGGCUGCCCAUGGAUUUGGUGGAUAUCGUCCGCACGCUCACUUGCCGGGUGAGAGAGAGAGUAGGCUCGUCAGUCGGAGCGCUCAUUUUAUCCGCGCCCGUGCUGAUGGCUGGAUGGAUGUGUGGGUGCCGUGCAGACGUCCCCAUCGCAAAGCGCCUCUUCCCUGACACAUCUGCACAAGCCCGGCCGCAAUUAGCUAGUCAUGUAUGAGAUGAGAUGAGAUGUGCUG